ACUUCCCCUGUUUUUCUGUUAACAAAAAAUGGAAGGAAAAACCAUUUCCCUUUCCUUCCUUUUCCUUUCUCUCUUUGCCAUUUAUGUCUCUUCCACUUCCCUUCAAUACCAAACAUUACUCUUACAUUCCCUCCCACUAACUCAACUUCAAUCCCUAGAUUUCGAUGCUCAACUACUUUCCGGCCAUGGCUCCGACCUGGAUCCGGAUAAUACUCUCUCUCUACAGUUGCAUCAUGUAGACUUAGUAUCUCCUUCAUCCUUCAAUGCUACACCACAUGCUCUGUUUAAGCUCCGUCUUCAACGCGACGCCUAUAGAGCUAAGGCAAUUUCUGACCUCGCCGCUGCUAACGCCACCGUUGGCCGCCGCGCCGGAAAGCCCCAUGCUGGUGGUAGGGAUUUCUCUAGUUCUGUUGUUUCUGGACUGUCUCAGGGGAGUGGAGAGUACUUCACGCGAAUCGGUGUUGGUACUCCGCCUAAGUAUGUUUAUAUGGUGUUGGAUACGGGAAGUGACGUCGUUUGGAUCCAGUGUUCGCCUUGUAAGAAAUGCUACACUCAAUCCGACCCGGUUUUUGACCCGAGCAAAUCGUCUUCCUUCCUUGGUGUUGCAUGUGGGUCGCCUUUGUGUCGCCGGUUGGAUUCUGCUAGCUGUAACCGUAAAAAGUGUCUUUAUCAGGUUUCUUACGGAGACGGUUCUUUCACCGUCGGUGAUUUUUCAACUGAAACGUUAACUUUCAGGGGGACACGUGUCAACAACGUGGCCCUUGGAUGCGGCCACGAUAACGAAGGCUUAUUCGUUGGAGCCGCCGGUUUACUAGGUCUCGGCCGGGGAAGACUAUCAUUCCCGAUUCAAGCUGGUCGGAGAUUCGGCCGGAAAUUCUCCUACUGCCUUGUCGACCGGUCCUCUUCCUCUAGACCAUCCUAUCUAGUCUUCGGCGAAUCAGCGGUUUCUAGAACCGCCGUGUUUACCCCACUGGUGAAUAACCCAAAACUAGACACGUUUUACUACGUGGAGCUCACCGGAAUCAGCGUGGGCGGCGCUAGGGUUCCUGCCAUCAGGCCGUCGCUUUUCAAGCUAGACGCCGCCGGUGAUGGUGGUGUCAUAGUUGAUUCAGGAACUUCAGUGACUCGAUUGACCCGACCCGCUUACGUAGCACUAAGGGACGCUUUCAGAAUGGGUGCUAGAGAUCUGAAGAGAGCACCAGAUUUCUCAUUGUUCGAUACGUGCUUCGAUCUGUCAGGGAAAACGGAAGUGAAGGUGCCGACUGUGGUUAUGCAUUUCCGUGGAGCUGACGUGUCAUUGCCGGCGUCGAAUUACUUGAUUCCGGUGGACAGUGAUGGGACAUUCUGCUUUGCAUUUGCAGGUACAAUGAGUGGAUUGUCGAUUAUCGGAAACAUUCAACAGCAAGGUUUCAGGGUAGUGUUUGAUCUUGCUGGUUCUCGUUUAGGCUUUGCUCCUCGUGGCUGUGCUUAAAUUUACUACACAUCAAAAAAUUCCCCAGUUUAUUAUGUUUGAUGAUUUCUUUGGAUUAGGAGAAGAUGAUUAGAUGUUUGUGUGUUUGUAUUAUGUGCUAAAUUAAUGUUGUAAUACAGGGUUAAGAGACAAGUAUGUCGUGAGAAUUAGUGUAGAUUUGUGAGUAGUAAUUUGUAACUCAAAACACUCUGUUUUGAUAGUAGCUGCAAAAUGUGCGGCGCUGCUUAAACUUAUAUAUUUUUAAUUUGUUUUCUCUAUGUUUUGAUUUCCUUGGAA